ACGUCACGCCUAUAAAGUCGAGCGUCGCGGGGGCGAGAGGAGACACUCGGGUCACAGACAGCGAGUGACAGGCAGAGAGAGACAGGCAGAGAGAGACACAGACACCGAGAGACACAGACACCGAGACAGAGACACAGACACCGAGACAGAGACACCACGAGAGCGGAGACACGCGCAGAGUCACGAGCGCCACCUGUACGCGAUCUGGGACACACACAGGAGUCAAGAGUACAAAUACGACGGCACGCACGAAGUGACGAGUACUGAAGUACACACAAACAGACCAACUCACAAGCAAUAACAACAACACGAGAGCGCACAGAGAGACAGCGAGCGCAGCGAGACGGAGAGAGACGCGGGACCCGUGGGAGGGAGCCGACCGCCGCACGGAUGGAGACCCCCACAGCCCCGAGCCUGGUGGUGCUCAAAUCCUACCACGUACGCGACCCGCCCGACUCAGCCGCCGCAGACAGGGACGUGAUGACUCCGGCCUCCCGGCGCUCCGUGUCGCCCGCGCGUCCCUCCUUCGACCGUUCGAGCUCCCAGGACUCGCUGGAUGAGCUCUCGGAGCGAGACUUCUGGACCGAGGUCCACGACAUCAAGGAGAGCCGGGGCAACGACGAGGCCCUCAUCAAACCCGCGGACGAGGAGGAGCAGCAGGCGGACUGGUUGCACGAGACAGGCCUCUCCACACUCGUCGUGCAGCAGCAGCAGGCGGGGGGGGCCGCAGCCGAGGGCCCUGGGAGCUGCGCCGAUGAUGGCGGCGCUGCCGCCGCCGCGGAAGAAGAGCGGGCGCUGGACGCCGAGGCGCUGCUCGCGACGCUCACGCGCACCCAGGCGGCCGCCGCCAUCCGCCGCAUCAACACGUACACGCAGACGAUGCGGCGCAAGAACAAGCAGACGGUGCGCGACGUGCGCGACAUCUUCGGCAGCAAUGUGGACACGGACGGGAUGGGAAUGAGCUGCAUGCAGCCCAGCUCACAGGACGAGCUGUCGGACGAUGACUCGGCGGCGGCAGCGGCGGCGGCGCUGCAGAGGGAACGGUCACGCAACUCGGUGGUGUCAGAGACAGACAUCAUCUGCGACGUGCCCUACUCGGAGGAGGCAUCGCAGGGGCGGCACAAACACCGGGGCAACGCCGCCGCUGCCGGCACACCGAACGCGACGACGGUGACGACGACAGCGACUGCAGCGGCGACGGCAGUGACGGCGAUGCUGCUGCAGCACCAGCUGGGCGUGACGCGCAUCGGAGACCUGUCCCCCGAGGACAUGCGCAAGGUGCACCGCGUGGCGCUUAUCGAGCUCGCCGCCUUCUUCGAUGCGCUGCACAUUGACUUCACGCGCAACAGGCCCGUCAAAGUGCGCGCCAAAGAUUCGCGGCUCUUUGGGGUUCCUUUAAGCACUCUGCUGGAGCAGGAUCAGAAAAUUUCGCCCGGUGUCAAAGUGCCGCUCUUUCUUCAAGAGCUGUUGACGCACCUGGAGCAGACCGGGCUGGAUACGGAGGGCAUCUUCAGGAUCCCCGGAUCAUCGUCGCGUAUUAAGAGUCUGCGGCAGGAGCUGGAGGCCGGAUUCUAUGACGGCGCCGUCACCUGGGAUGAUGUGAGGCCACACGACGCAGCCAGCCUCCUCAAGCUCUUCAUCCGCGAGCUGCCGGCGCCGCUGCUCACCGCCGAGUACCUCACCGCCUUCACCAGCGUGGAGAAAAUUGAAAUUCGAAAGCAAAGAAUCAGAGCUCUCAACCUGCUCAUCAUCCUGCUGCCCGCAGCAAACCGAGACGUGCUCAAGGCCAUCCUGGAGCUGCUACUGAAGGUAUCUGAGGCGAGCACGGCGACACGCAUGGACCUGUGGAACGUGUCUCUCAUCAUGGCGCCCAACCUCUUCAUGUCGUCGGGCAGCGCGCUGCUGCAGCCGCUCAACCGCCAGUUCGCAGCGGCGUACGCGGGGCUUGUGCGCAUGCUCAUCAAGGAUCAGCGCAAGCUCUGGAUCAUUCCGCCGUUCCUGCUGAGGCAAGUGCGGGAGCUCAACGAUGCCAACAAGCGGCAGCCUCAGAAGGAGCGCGGCGUGAGGAGAUUCCUGCGCAUCACUCGCAUCGACAAGGACAAGAAGCCGGAGAGGCGCGAGGUGGAGCCGCUGUCAUACACGAUUCGCGUGGCGGCGCCACUCCUCUCCAAGCUCCCCAUGGCCGUGCAGCUCGACGAGGGCGUGCGCGCCGGAGACCUCGUCGCACGCUUCUUCGCCGACAGCGAGGGGGGAAAAAUCGUGGAGCACCAGGAAUAUUGUCUGCACGAGAUUGGCGGCAACAUCGGAGACCGCUGCUUGGACGCGGAGACCCACAUGAGGGCCCUGUACGAGGCCAACCCGCACGCCGACUGGGUCAUCAAGCCCAAGGCGAGCGCAUAACGCCGACCUCUGGACCCUCACGAAUCGGGGACUCCUUUUCCACGGGAGGGGGCGGAGGGGGCGGA